AUGAAGAGAAGAGUGAAAGAGGAUUAUCGAGGAAUAAUGCCAUCCCCGAAGGCUCUUGCGUUUAUCACACUUGCGACGCCUUCAAGCUUCAUCUCCUUCGAAGCUAUGCGGUUCUUCAAAGCAAAAGACGAUGCUGAUGCUCCACUAAUGCCGGUGGAAUAUUCGAAUUCUGACAGCGAUCUCAGUAAAGAAUUUGGCGCCCGGCACUGGAUCGUCAUCAUUUUGUAUCUAAUCGGAUUGAUUGGAGCUUCAGUUUAUUUACACAAAGCUUUACCAGAUGCCUUGCCAGCCGAAAAGGAUUCCAACAAUUUUUCGGAACUUCGCGCUCGCAGAUUUCUCUUCCAACUUUCCAAUUUCGGACCUAAGCCGGCUGGUUCACAAGCUUGUGAAAAGUUCACGAGAAAUCAUAUUCUGGAGGAGCUGAGAAUGAUCAAAGCAGCGGCAUCUGCAAGUUUUGAGAUUUCUGAGCAAUAUGCCACUGGCUGCUUCGAUAUUCCGCGAUUCGAUACCGAUGGAUUUACUAUCUGUUACAAAAAUGUUUCAAACGUGGCAGCACGUCUGUCGAAGGACACAAAACCCAAUAAACCGGCAAUUUUGCUGAAUUGUCACUAUGAUAGUUGGCCUACGAGUAGCGGCGGCUCGGAUGAUCUAAUAUCUUGCGCGCUGAUGAUGGAAAUCAUCCGCCUUCUUGCUCAUCAGCCGGAGAGCCUUAGAUACGAUGUUAUAUUUUUGUUCAAUGGGGCUGAAGAGUCAAGUCUGCAGGGAGCACAUGGAUUUAUUACACAGCAUCAGUGGCGACAUGUAGUUCGCGCUUUUAUCAAUUUGGAAGCUAGUGGAAGUGGUGGAAGGGAGUUACUCUUCCAAGCUGGUCCUGCAAAUCAAUGGUUGCUGAACUCAUACUUAGCUGCAGCUGUACAUCCACAUUGCUCAAUCAUAGGCCAAGAAAUUUUCCAAAGUGGUCGAUUCCCCGGUGACACAGAUUUUCGCGUCUUUCGAGAUCAUGGUAGAGUUCCCGGACUGGACCUGGCAUUUGUGCAAAACGGCUAUUGGUGGCAUACAGAGUUUGAUGAAGCUCGUAGAAUUACUCCCGGGUCACUUCAGAGAGCUGGAGAAAAUGUCUAUGCUACAUUGCUUCACCUGCUAAACUCACCAUAUUUGGAGAAACCAUCUGAAUUUGGAGAUCAGAAAAAUGUGUUCUUCGAUUUUCUAGGCUUAUUUGUGGUAGUCUACUCAGAAGAUAUCUCCAACGCUAUAAAUGCCAUUCUGAUCAUAGCAGUCCUCAUUUCUGCUGCUAAUCACAUGAGAAAAAACUCGGAAGUCUACAGAACAGCUGUCACGAACUACGUCUGCGUGAUCGUGACUAUGGUAGCUGUCACAUAUCUGAUGACGAAUUUGACAUUGUUAAUUUGGGGUGCAAUGCCUUGGUAUUCAAUUCAUGGUCUGGCUGUUCUGAUAUAUGGUAUUCCAACGUUUUGGGCUGGAACUAGUACUAUGACGUUUUUAGCUACGAGAAUGGAUCAGUCACAGAGAGAGGAAUCGGCCGUAGCAAUCGGAAAAGUGCAUCUAACCCUGCUAGCUGUUGUCCUUGCUCUUUGCAGCAUCAAGGGUAUAGCUAGUGGCUUCAUAUUUGCAUUUAUGCUUUUGCAAGUCAUCGAAGAUGUAUUGCCUUUAUCAACCGAAUGGAAAACACUCGUUGUUCAUUUAAUUCUUUGCACUCCAAGCUAUAGUAUGAUAAUUUAUCUGACUGAAAUGUGCCUUUCAAUAUUUAUUCCAAUCAUGGGAAGGACUGGAUCGAAUCCUGAGCUAUUCAUAGCUGCCUUCACAAAUCUGCCUUCGUUUGUUAUUGUACUGUCGCUACUGCCAAUGCUCACAGUGACUCGUACAAAUCGAACCCAAGAAGAGACAAAAAUUCGAAACUUUUUCGAAAUGAUUGGUGGUGUCUUCGUUGCUGCCGCAAUUGUCCUGUUUAUACUCUGUUUCCUACAUAAAUCUCCCUAUAAUCAUUCCGAUGCGUAUCCUGUAGCACGAAGGAUACAAAUAUUUCAUGCAAAUCGUGCUUUGUACAAUAAAGACGAUGGAGUAAGAGUGAGAGACUCGCCGCUUUACGUAAUUGCACAAGAUUAUCGUGGUGCCACGGAUAUUCCCUUCGUUGAUGGAAAUUAUACCGUACCUCAGUGUCAAUACGAAAGUCCGUAUUGUGAAAUACCCCUUUACUUUCCUACCCGUAGUCGAAUACAAGACAGACAUAUCCGAUAUAGAGUUUUCGACGAUAGGCCUGAAAUUCCUGCCACGAAAAUCAACAUGGUCCAUAAAGAAGAGGGUGAAAAUAGGCUUAUCUAUGAUUUUUUGAUCCAAGGCAGCGGGCAAAUUUCCGUGUUUCUAAUACCUCAAAGCGGUUGGCAAAUUGCCAAUUGCUCAGUGUCAGAGCCUAAAAGCGAAGCAACUACUCGUCCACUCUUCCUAUUUUUGACCUGCAGCGGCAAAAAUUGCGGUGACUGGACCUUCAAGAUCGUUUUGACGCAUCCGGGUAACCCGGUAAAAGAUGAUGAAACCCAACUUCUUGUUGGCGCAGCAAGUCACUACCUUCACGGACCAAAUAUGCAGUCGACAACAAUCAAACGAAUUUUAGCAGAAAUCGUAAAUAAGCGUCAAUAUGAUCCAGCAUGGUCGAUAGCAGCCAGUGCAUGGAAUGUCGAUAUGAUCUACAGAUACUUUUGAAAAAUUAGGAGAUAGGAAAAAUGUAUGAAAUGAUG